GAGCUGCCACCAAAGAGAAGAAAAAGUGAAGACCCCACUUUGGAAUUAUUUCUCGGGCACUGAACCCUUUUAGAGAAAAUGUCAGUUAUAUAACGGGUUACUUGGAGCAAAUCAACCAAAAUGAUUAAGCUUGGUGGAACAUUGAAUGAAACCUCUGUCUAAUAGACAAUCUUUGUGAGCACUGCCGCUCUUUGCUGCAGCGGUCGGUGGGGACCUUGGCUAACGUUAACUGUUUAGCCUGACCAUGACCUGACCGUAGGCUUGUCCGCCCAGUUCACCUGUCCAGGCAGAGUGUGCAGGAGAGGAGGUGGCGGUGGCAUGCGUGUGGGCAGCAGCUGGAGGUGGCAGCUCUCCCGGGCCAUGCGGGUAGCGCUGCGCUGUUGCCGGCUGUGCCGCCCGCAGAAAGGAGGCCGAGGUGGGGGAACCAAACCGUGGGUCGGCGGCAGGUUUUUGGAGCUGUGGAGCUACAGCAAGCUGCUGCUCAAGUCACUGUACUUCAACAGCCUCAGCAACUCUGACACUCUGCUGGACUGUGCGUUUGAACCCGUCUACUGGAUUGUGGACAAUGUGACCCGCUGGUUUGGAGUGGUGUUUGUCUGUCUAGUCAUACUGCUGACAACCUCAGUUGUGGUCAUCGUCUACCUGUUCGUCCUACCCACGUUCCUCAGCACUUACCCUGUGCACUGGCUCGCCUGGCACCUCUGCUGUGGCCACUGGCUUCUUAUCAUGGUGGUCUUCCAUUACUACAAGGCCACCACCACCUCCCCAGGACAUCCGCCCAAGGACAAAAUUCAUAUUCCCUCUGUGUCCAUCUGUAAGAAAUGCAUCACUCCAAAACCGCCCAGGACACACCACUGUAGCAUCUGCAACAUGUGCGUUUUGAAGAUGGACCAUCACUGUCCCUGGUUGAACAACUGUGUGGGCCAUUUGAACCACCGCUACUUCUUCUCCUUCUGCAUAUACAUGACCCUCGGCUGCAUCUACUGCAGCAUCAGCAGCAGGGACUUGUUUCUGGAGGCCUACAAUGCUAUAGAGAGAUACUAUCAGACUCCUCCUCCGACCGACACCUUAAGAGAGACCACUGCUUACAAGAGUAUCAUCUUCCUCUGGGUGCUGACCAGCUCAGUGGCAGUAGCUCUGGGAGGACUCAGCCUGUGGCACCUCAUACUCAUCAGCAGAGGAGAGACCAGCGUGGAGCGGCACAUCAACAACAAAGAGACCAAAAGACUAAGGGAGAAGGGCAAGGUGUUCAAAAAUCCAUAUCAUCAUGGAUGGAUGAACAAUUGGAAGUUAUUGUUAGGUGUGGAAAAAAGGAGUCACUGGUUCACGCGGGUCCUCUUGCCCUCCAACCAUCUUCCCAACGGGGACGGCAUCAUGUGGGACUGCACCUUCACCAGAAGAGACCCCAUGGCCAUCUGAUCCUUACCCUUUUACUCUGACAUAUCAAAAAACCUACUACAACUUUUAACCUGAAUUUACACUAGAGGCAACGUGACUCCCGUCAUACUGUUGUGACCAGCUAGGGACAGUACAAGAAGAGAAGCUCCCACUUCCAUCUGUUUCGGUCUGCCGCUUCAGUCAUUUGACAAGGAAAAAGAAGCUUUGUAGUUACAUAAAUCAAGCGUUUUUUUCUGCGUUGGUAUUUGUACUUCUAGAAGUGGGAACCACAUGGAAAUAACCACUAGUGAUUCAUCUUCUUAGGACCAGUUCCCACUUUUCCACCUGUCACCAGUCGACCUUACACAGUAGGUUUAACUGUAGACGUUGCCACCAGCCGACGUCACCCUGUGUCUGCAGCGCUGUUGACUAAUUUAUAAAUGGUGUUGCUGGACAGCAUCGUUGUCAAGCCCAAACCUCUUUCUCCCACCCGUUUACAAAGACACGACAAAGACUUGUGAAUUUCUUGGACUGAAGAUUUUGCACCAACACCACAGCCUCUUUUGACAAGUGUGUAAGAUGGGUGGAUGGAUAAGGGAUAAGGCAUUAUGGGCGGAGAACACCAUAGCUUAAAUACAGCAUCUUAAAGGUGCUAUGUGUUGCAUUUUCAAACAUCAAUACAGCACAUUGUAAGCUAAUACUUUAGUAUGAUUGGUAGCCGUCAUCUUAUUCCAGUUGUAUUGUUAAUGCUUUCAAAUUAAAGACAUUUCCCAGAAACUCUGCUUGCUUCUUUAUGCAAGGGGUUUUCUGUCUUUAGGUAAAGAGGUAAAUAUAGCUUUCACUUCUCCCACCAGACUUUACAGCUUUAUCCUAUUUAGCUUACUUUCCGCUACAAGACCAGUCUUCUCAGAGAAGGUCUCAUUUGUUUACACUGUUUUUGUGCCAGUAUUAAUGUGCUCAUGGUUCAUUGAUGAUAACAUGCAAAACAUAGCACCAUUAAUAACUGCAGGGUUUUUCCUGCAUAGAGGAGUUUUUGGCGCCCCCCCAAAGAGGUUUUAGCCAGAGCCAAAGGCAAAUCACCAGCACCAAAAUGAUAACAUUUGAGAAUAAAAAUAGCAAUUCAAAUCUUUUCUAAAUGUGUUUAACUGUUGAACAAGCAGAACAUAAACUUAAAUAUCUUUGAUAAAAUCUUUGAAAUCCAGCAGUCAUCUCUCCUCUCAUCCACAGCCGUUAUAUUUUACACAUGUGGCUGGAGCUGGAAGCCAGCUAAGCCGAAUUGUUUUGACUGGGCUUGAACACCCUACUGUGAAGCUCGCACUAAUAGGAGAGAGGACUUCCUGUGAUUUCUCAUAAAAUGAAAGCUGGUACGCUAUAAAAACGCAGCGACCAGGUUACAUCGCUGUCUCCGUCUCUCUCCUCUGCUCUCGGUCUGUGUCAUAGAUGUAUAAAGAGCUGCAGAUCUGUGUGUCUGUUUGGCCGAGGUGUGUUUAGUCAGAUAUUCAAGGGGUCUUUGGUUUUGAUGGUAUAGGUUGUCCAGAACUGUGUUCAUGUGUCUUAGGCUGAGGACAAAUCCAAGUGUUUCUUAUGCGGAGGAGGCAAGUCAUGAGGAAAACAUUUUCAAUAUUCAUUUUUGAUUUUGUCGUGAUUAUUUAAAUAACCGUCAUUUUCAUUUUCCAAAAAAAAAAAAAAUGUUUUCAGGUUUACUACUCUGUAUGUUUACACCUGCAAUAUUUAGCCGUUGUGUUUUGGGGAGCGUUUGCUAACCAGAUUGAGAACCACUGCUCUAAAGUGAUGUUCUGGUGCAAAAGAGGAGCGAAAACCAACAGAUUCAUUCACUUGUCUUAAAUUUCUGACUUUGCCUACAUGCCAGUUUAGGUAAAGGAAAAAAAAAACCUAAACAGCUUUCAUUUUAUCAUCUUUAACAUUUCCUCCUUUUGACACUGGUAAAGAAAUUGUUGUGUGCCUUGUUUGGUUGUUCAGCCUUUAAAAUGAGGCACUGUGAAAUGUCAUUCCAGAUUCUUAAUUCCCUUUCAGAGUUUUCACCCCAACAUGUUCAUACCAAGAACUUAAUGAGAGCUGAGUUGGCUCUGUAGUUGCCAUAGAAACACAACAUACAGCUGUGAUAUUAUUUUUAACCAAUGGGAGCUGUGCUCCAGUUUGAUUUAUUUAGUCUUUUUUAAUAAAACACCAGUUUGAUA